UUUAUCGAGGUUUUCUAUUUCAAUGAGUUCCAGAUACUACUCUUGAAGACGUUCUCCUUAAUAUUAUUGAUCACGUUGUUGUUGAUAUUUGUAUCUUGGCGUGUGUACGGGAAACGCAUAUCGGAACGGUUUAUGAAACCAGCUACUUCAGCAACUAUAGAACAGUUAAAGGAAAGUGUAUCAAAACUAAAGCUACCUAAAGAGCAUACACCAAGAAUAUAAAAUGGCAGACAAAAUCAAAAAGUUCUUUCAGAAGAAGAAAGUAGAUGCAAAGUUCAAAUUAGCAGGACCAGGACAUAAAUUGAGCGAGGACACACUGAGUAGCUCAAGUUCGAAUACCUCGCAAAGAUUGGUGCCCGUUGUGAAACGAGCUGGGCUUUCGGAAGAGGCAAAGGUUGCAGCAGAUGCAGCAUUGGCUAGGUUACAACAGAAGCGAGAGAAUCCUGCAUUUAACACAUCAUUGGCAGCUAUUCAGGCACAAGUGAAGAAAGAACUAGAAAAUGAGAAGGUACAAUCAUCUCCUUCUACGACCACAAGCAGUGAAGACUCAUUGAAACGAGAACAGCCCGUGGUGGCCAAAAAUUUUGCUGCUUCCGGAAUCUUCUUCAGAUGUCCGAUGAUAAGCAACGACGUGUUGCCUCGCGAUGAGUGGAAGGCGAACAUCAAGGCGUUCCUGUACGAGCAGCUGGAGCACGAGCGGGGCCUCACCGCCUGCCUCAUCAUACACUCCUGCAACAUCAACAGGGACAAGAUUGACACGUGUGUGGAGACACUGUGCAAGUAUUUGGAGAAUAUUAUCACUUAUCCAGAAGAAGAGAAAUAUCAGAAAAUUCGGAUGUCCAACAGGGCGUUUUCUGAACGCGUCCAGCCCAUAGAGGGUUCUCUUGAACUGCUGCAGGCGGCGGGGUUCACGCAGCAGAAGGUGGCCAACGCCGACGGGACUGAGGAAGACUAUCUGGUGUUCCGCAGGGAGAACGUGCCUUCCGUCGAGAGCUUGACUACGUUGAUCGAAGCCCUACGCUCCGCGGAGCCGAUACAACUGGAACUAGACAGGAACGUGCAAGUGUUACUUCCGUCCCAAGCGGCCGCCAAGAUGCAACUUCCGGACACAUUCUACGCUUUGACACCAGAGGAACUGAAGAGAGAGCAACAAUUAAGAGCGGAAGCUAUGGAGAGGAGUCAGAUGCUGCGGACUAAAGCGAUGAGAGAGAAGGACGAGCUGCGGGAGAUGAGGAAGUACAAGUUUGCGAUCAUCCGGGUUCGGUUCCCGGACGGGAUACUGCUGCAGGGCACAUUCUCAGUAUACGAGCGGUACAACGAAAUUCACGAGUUCGUUCAAGAAAACCUAGAACAUGGCGGACUACCCUUUAACCUUUGCACUCCUUUAGGACAAAAACUAAACAUCGACGAAGAUGCGAAUAAGACCCUUAUAGACCUCCGAUUGGUACCGGCCACAGUGCUCACUUUCGGUUGGCACACCUCGGUCGCAGAACAAAUACAGAGAAGCCCAAGUUGUAACGUAUACUUGAAGCCAGAAAUAAUGCUUUUAGUCCAAGAAGUGUAAUUGAAUAAUUAAACUUUGUAUUUUCAAACUACGACACAUUAAAUUGAUUUGAAUAUUGACAUAAUAUGUCGAUGUGAGACUUAUUUAUUGCAGUCUAAAACGGUUCUCCGACAAUUGCUUCGUCUACGAAUGUUUCGACAUCGGGCAUUUGAACGACAGAAUAGAGGAGACAUUCUGUCGGCAAAUCCUUCGUAGAUGAAGGGUUCUGUCGUACAAACGCCCGAUGUCGAAACAUUCUGUCGACGAAACGUUCGUAGACGAAGGAAUUGUCGGAGAAGCGUUUCAGAGUCUAUUUAUUGCUUUGAGAAGAAUCGCCUUGCCCAUUUGUUGGUGUUAUAAGGCAACAAAUUGUGAUUGUGGUCCUUGAGAGGUUAUAUUUUUAAACGUUGCGUAUUGCAUUUAUAUGUAUAUUUUCUCACAAUGUUUUAAAUUCCAUGAAUGUUAUCCUUCCACAUUUAGAAUAAUAAUAAUUAUAUUGCAUGUUGUUCGAUUAAUUUUUUCCAUAAUUUUUUUCUUCUGCCAGACUGAUAGUUUGAUGGUAGAAAGCUAGUCAUAUGAUUUUUUGUCAUUAAUUUUUGACAACUGUCAAAUUGAAACUAAUGAUAAAACAUUUGACAAUCUAGUUUCGCCCAAUUAGAGUUUCUAUCAAACCCAAAAUAAAAAUUUGUUGUACCUAUAUGAAUGAAUUAACUGUGUUAUCAUAAUCAUAGAAUUUAGAUAAUCCCACGCAUCUGUAUGAGAACAAAUAAGAUUCACUCUGUCGAUAAAAUCACACCGCUAUUUAUGGCGACGUCAUUAUUAGACUUAUCGUCCUAGAAAUGUUUUGUCUCGUUCGUUCAAGUCAAAUAUUGGAGAGAACUUACUAAACUGUGGAUAAAUGUCUUACUUCUACCGCACCGCACAUUAUAGCUCACUUUUCAACGCACGUCGUCUUGCCGGCAAGACGACGUGCAUUGAAAAGUGAACUAUAAUACGUCGUCUGUAGGCAUAAUUUACAUUGACAACAAAUAAGCGGACUAUUCGCUACCAGCUCUCUUCUUGUCAAUGGAAAAUAUGUCUACUGUGGAGGCUUUAAAGCUCACUUUUCAAUUAAUGCCAUCUUGUCAAGUCGGAGCGGUGCGGUAGAAAUAUUCGAUACCCUUAAUUAUGACAAACGAAUUCAAACUUUAUUUUUAAGUCAUAAUGAUGUCACCACCUCAAUGUGCUAGAAAAAGGUUAUCGGGGCCUUUUGCAUUGGUAGUUAAAUAAUCCGAUAAAUUUGACAGUUCACAUCAAAUUCUUUGUCCCAAUAUUACUGAUAUCUCUUUCAUGUUGCAUAUCAUUUCGAAAGAGAUAGCAAUUUUAUGGGCCAAAGAAUAUGAUGAGUGGUAUCGGCCUUAGUCAAGUUGCAAAUCUAUAUAAUAAAGUUGGUUUUGUUUUAUCGCAAAUAGUUAUAUAAAUGCUGUUGUAUCACCUAUGUAUAUGUCUAUUGAAUAAAUAAAUAUAGCAUGUUGAAACUUGAAACUACCCGCUGUAAUAUUUAUAAUUGCAAAAUAUAUUCUUUUUGUAGAAAAAAAUAGA